UGGCACCAGGCCUCCAGGGGUCUGGCGUGCGCCGGCCUGGGCUUGCGGCGGCUGGAAGCGCACGCGGCGGGCGCCUACCUGGCGAGCCUCGGCGCCACGCGGCGCCUGUGCUCGGAGCUGGACCCGGCGCGCAGCUGGGCACUGGAGGAUGCGGGCACGCGGGCUGGAGCUGCUCUCUCUGCGCGCAACGCGCAGCUCCCGCAGUCCGCCGGCCUGCGCCCGGGCGCUCUCGAGACGGCCAAGCAAAAGGACCUCUCCGCCGCGUUCGACGACUAUUGGCACCGACACUUUCUGGAGAACCUCGGGGCAGCCUACCGCGCGGACAUCCAGUCCGAGCUGCUCCCCGGCGCGUCGGGCUUCUUGGAAGUGGCGCCCAGCGAGAAGCUGGGGCUGCUGUUCGAGCCGGAAGAGAGGCGGCUUCUGCUGCCGGUCUACGACGCGGACCACUUCUGCCCCUGUUGCGACGAGCCUUGCGACCGGCACGGGCGACACGCGGGCCUCUGCGCGGGCGCGGGGGACCGGGUUUGCCGGCGCAACGCCGCGCGCAACUUGGUCGGGCGAUUCGCCGCCGCUGCCCGCUGCAACCCGGAGCUGGAGAGGCCGGGGCUCCUACCGCCGCGCCCGGGCGACGACCGCGCCAUCGGGCGCCGCCCCGCCGACGUGUGCAUCCCGAGCUGGCACCUGGGCACGCCUGCCGCUUUCGACUUUGCGGCUGCCCGGGGCAUGGCUUUCCAAGGGGUUGGAAGCGCCGCCGACGCGUACGAGGUGGUCAAGCGCACCCACCUCGACACAGAG